UGGUGAUGUCAACAAAACCAUCAUUCAUUAUCACCCCCUCAUAAGAAUCUUCACUAUAAAUACAUAGAGACUCCCACACCAUAAAAUGGCCGCCAUUGUUGUUUCUUUUACCUCCUCAUUGACUAGAAUCGCUUCUUCUGCUUCUUCAUCUUCCUCUUCGGUUUUUACUAAGCUUCGGUCGACCCAUUUGCUGCGACUUCCAUUUGCAACCGUCACAUCUCGUAGAGGGAAGCGCAUGGCUCACUCUCUUGCUCGGGCCACUCUCGGCCUCACUCACCCUGCUCAAAUCGACCCACCCAAGAUAUGUUUUGCUGCGAAAGAGAUUGAUUUAGUAGAAUGGAAAGGAGACAUACUUGCAGUGGGUGUGACUGAGAAAGACAUGACAAAAGAUGAGAGCUCAAAGUUCCAAAAUGCAAUAUUGAAAAAGCUAGAUUCCCAGUUGGGUGGAUUGUUGGCUGAAGCCUCUUUGGAGGAGGAUUUCACUGGAAAAGCUGGUCAGUCGACUGUUCUUAGGCUUCCGGGUCUUGGCUCGAAAAGGGUUGGCUUAAUUGGGCUUGGGCAGUGCUCGUCAUCUGCCGCCUAUUGCAGUCUUGGUGAGGCUGUUGCAGCAGCCGCAAAGGCUGCUCAAGCAAGUGAUGUUGCUAUUGCCCUUGCUUCUUCUGAGGAGCUAUCUGCUGAAUCAAAGCUUAGCACUGCUUCAGCAAUUGCUUCUGGGACUUUGCUGGGGACUUAUGAAGAUAAUAGAUUUAGGUCAGAAUCAAAGAAGCCAUCGCUUAAAUCUGUGCAUAUUCUUGGUCUUGGAAAUGGACCCGAGCUAGAGAAGAAGUUCAAGUAUGCAGAAGAUGUUUGUUCUGGGAUAAUUUUGGGCAAACAGCUCGUGAAUGCACCUCCCAAUGUGCUCACCCCUGGAGUACUAGCAGAAGAGGCUUCAAAGAUUGCUUCCAUGUAUAGCGAUGUUAUCUCUGCGACAAUUUUGGAUGUAGAACAAUGCAAAGAUUUGAAAAUGGGGUCCUACUUGGGUGUAGCUGCAGCUUCUGCAAAUCCUCCUCAUUUCAUCCAUCUAUGUUACAAGCCACCAAGUGGGCCUGUUAAAACAAAGUUGGCAUUGGUGGGAAAAGGAUUGACUUUUGACAGUGGGGGCUACAACAUCAAGACGGGACCUGGCUGUUUAAUUGAGCUUAUGAAAUUCGACAUGGGAGGCUCAGCUGCAGUUCUAGGUGCAGCAAAAGCUCUUGGUCAAAUUAAACCAGCAGGAGUAGAGGUUCAUUUCAUUGUUGCUGCUUGUGAGAAUAUGAUAAGUGGAACAGGUAUGAGGCCUGGAGACAUCGUCACUGCUUCAAAUGGAAAGACGAUUGAGGUUAACAACACUGAUGCUGAAGGAAGACUUACACUUGCGGAUGCUUUGAUAUAUGCUUGUAACCAAGGUGUAGAGAAGAUUGUUGAUCUGGCAACCCUAACUGGGGCCUGUAUAGUAGCUCUUGGACCCUCAAUUGCAGGUAUCUUUACACCUAGUGAUGACCUGGCAAAGGAGGUACUUACAGCUUCAGAGGCCGCUGGGGAAAAACUUUGGAGGAUGCCUUUGGAGGAUAGUUAUUGGGAGUCCAUGAAAUCAGGAGUUGCUGAUAUGGUUAAUACUGGUGGUCGUCCAGGUGGUGCCAUUACUGCAGCUCUCUUCUUGAAACAGUUUGUUGAUGAGAAGGUCCAAUGGAUGCAUAUUGACAUGGCUGGUCCUGUCUGGAAUGAUAAGAAGAAAACUGCAACUGGAUUUGGUAUUUCAACUCUGGUGGAAUGGGUUCUGAAGAACUCUUCCUCCUAGUUACAGUUUAAAAGUUGCUAUACAGGGACAACAUGUCGACAAACAGGAGGGGUCAGGAAAGGGAAUAAUUUUAAUGUGUGAAAUCGUGAUUUGUAUGAAUAAAAUGCUUUACGAUAGAAAAUGAGAAGUGAUGAGGUGGGGCAUUAGUUGUCAUUAAGCUGUUUGCAGUAAACUGUAGACUUUGAUGUUCUCUUUGAACUGGAGGUUUAAUCUUAUAGUUUGCGCGGUUGGUUUC